AUGCGCCCGCAGCUUGGGGCGUAUGCGGGAAAAGACUACCCGGCACCAGUGUCCCCCAAGAUGCAUACACCAAAUUUAGACUUACUAGCAUCACGUAGUUUGCUGUUAGAGCGAGCAUACGUCCAGGAGGCGCUUUGCUCGCCAAGUCGGACGUCAUUGCUCACAGGAAGACGCCCGGAUACAACCCAUGUCUGGAAAAUUGGACCGUACUUCAGAAAAGUUGGUGGCAAUUUUACGACAUUGCCAGAAUAUUUCAAGAUGAAUGGUUACCGAGCAGUUGGAAUGGGUAAAAUAUUCCAUCCCGGUCCGGCUUCGGGCGGAGACGAUCCUAUUUCCUGGUCGGAGCCAUAUUUCCACGGCAUUGCUAACUUUGAAGGCAAAAAUAAAAGUUGGAACGCAGUUCCAGACGACUUAAUAGUGAACCAGCCGCUUCGAGACCAGCAGAUUGCCGACCAGGCGAUUAAAACAUUGAAAAGACUAGCACCGGCUGCAAUAUCCGGCAAACAACCCUUUUUCAUCGCCGCUGGUUUCCAUAAGCCUCAUUUACCGUUUGUGUUUCCAAAGUCUUUCUUAAAAUACUAUCCAACUGUUAAGUUACCAGACAACCCUUACGCGCCUGUUGAUAUGCCGGAAGCUGCGUGGUAUAGUUACGGUGGUCUUAGAGGAUACAAAGACAUCCAUGAUUUGCAUAAAAGUGGUGGAAUCAACACGACACUUCCGGAUGAUGUCGUGUUAAACUUAAGGCGCGCCUACUAUAGUGCACUGACCUAUACAGACUCGUUGGUUGGAAGCGUGUUGGCAGAACUCGAGAAUCUCGGUUUGGCAAACAACACGAUUGUUUCGUUCUGGGGUGAUCAUGGUUACCAGUUGGGAGAACACGGGGAAUGGUGCAAGCAAACCAAUUUCGAACUGGCGACCCAUGCGCCUAUGAUGAUACAUGUACCCGGGCUUACUGAUAAAGGUAUCAAAACUGAUCAACUAACAGAAUUUGUGGACCUUUUUCCUACAUUAGUGGACGCAGCCGGUUUGAAUCCGCUCCCGAUAUGUCCAAACAACUCCCGGGAAACAGCACUGUGCCGAGAGGGCUCAAGUCUAAUGCCGCUAAUUGCGCAGCCCGAUAAACCCAUCAAGGUUGCCUCUUUUUCUCAGUAUCCAAGAACAGUGAAGAAAGGAAAUGGUGAAAUAAAAACCAUGGGCUAUAGUUUAAGAACGGACCGAUUCAGGUACACCGAGUGGCCAAAGUUUGAAUACUCACCAGAGUUUAAACCAAAAUGGAACGAACUUGAGGGAAUCGAAUUGUAUGACCAUAAAAUUGACCCCGAGGAAAACGUGAACCAUGCGUAUGAUGAGGAGUAUGCGGUGGUACGGAAAUUGCUGAGUAAAAUUCUUCGUACCGGUUGGAGGCAUGUCUCUCUUGUGUAA